CGUUUCCGACCGGAAUCCCCGAUACCGUUACCGCCUCGAUCCGCGGGCAUAAUUGCGGCAAGACGACGAGAGAAUAGGGGAGAAUAGGGGAGCCGCGCGUGGAAAUCAGGCAUAAAUGUUGCGCCGCCGGACGCGCCGCGGUCCGAGUCUGAUCUACGUUCUACGUGCCUUGACCGUGCGGAGCCCCUGAGAGCCCCCGACCCCGACGCGCUCGGCGAGCCGCAUCGAAUGCACCUGGCAGACGAUUCCGAAAGUUGUCACGGAAAAAUGCGCUCCUGCCAGCGUCCUUCGCACGGUUGACGACGAUGUCCGACUCGAACUCGCCCAAAACGGACACGAGUAGCUCCAGCCUCCUGCGGCGGUUCCGCUUUCAAAAAAAGCAAACCAGGGCCAUGAAUAUGUCUGACGAGGACAGCAACUUGGUGAGCUCCGACGCGCAGGUGCGCCGUAAACCCGUGAACCGCAUUGAGGAUAGCGACAGUGAUAUUGGUAGUCCGGCUAAGCCAAGUUCGGACUGUAACGCCAAAGGUAAAGAGAAUAAGUUACAGUACCUGACAACCUUGUAUCCUCAGAAUGAUGUGAUACAUAUACAAGAAGUGCUUAGCAGUACCAAUUGGAAUGUCGAAGAGGCGGAGGAGGCGCUUAAAAAAAAUAGGAAAAGGGGUUUGAAGAAAUCUGCCAAAACUAGCAAAAAGAAGAGGAGAAAAUUAAAUGAAGACGAGGAAGUAGAUGUCGAUUCAGACGAGGGAGAUUAUAAAGACAAAGUGUUCAAUAGCGAUGAGGACUCGGACAUAGAAAUAUCCAACGAACUUACCGGUGAUAAAAAGGGAGUUUUAGAGUUCAUGCAAUGUGCUCUGUUCUCGGAGUUGCUCCUGAUGUCGCAGUGUACUCCAAAGAGAGCCCGCGCCAUUGUAGACGCGAGACCGUUCGAAGACUGGAGAGAUUUAGUGAACAAAUUUCAAAAUAUAAAAUACUUAGACACGGAAUUAUUGAAUGCGGCGCAGGUGUUACUGUCUACGCGUCAUGUGGUGGAACUUCUUAUGAAAAAAUGCCUUCGCUUAUCCACCAACCUGGAAAGGGCUGUGGCUGCUGGUAUAUCGACUAUAGCACAGCAGCCAAAAGCGUUGUCGCCAAAUUUGGAAUUAGCCUCGUAUCAAAUGGUCGGCCUAAAUUGGCUUGCUGUUAUGCACGCGCAGAACGUAAAUGGUAUACUAGCCGAUGAAAUGGGUUUGGGGAAAACGGUACAAGUGAUAGCAUUUCUAACAUAUCUGAAGGAAGCUGGGCUUCUCGAUGAAAAGGACGGGCCUCAUUUAAUUGUCGUUCCCAGUUCAACUAUGGAAAAUUGGUUGGACGAGUUGGAAAGAUGGUCACCCAUCUUGAAAGUUGUGCAGUAUUACGGCUCUCCAGAGGAGCGAAAAGAGAUGCGAAUGGGCUGGCGAAACGGUGACCUCGAUGACGUCGAUGUUUUAUUAACUACGUACAAUUUAAUCUGCAGCACCCCAGAGGAACGUAGGCUAUUCCGUGUUAUGCCACUGAAUUACGUAGUUUUCGACGAGGCUCAUAUGCUCAAGAACAUGAGCACUGUUAGAUAUAAAAAUCUCGUCAGGAUUAAUGCUAAACAUCGAAUACUAUUGACUGGUACGCCGCUACAAAAUAAUUUAUUGGAAUUAAUAUCUCUGUUAAUAUUCGUAAUGCCUUCAUUAUUCGCUGGAAAACAAGCCGAUUUAAAAAGUUUAUUCUCCAAAAAUUCUAAAGCACCAGGCAAUAAGAACGAAGAGCAGCCGUUGUUCGAAAGAGAACAAGUUAAAAAUGCAAAGGAAAUUAUGCGACCGUUUGUUCUACGACGGCUUAAAGUUGAAGUCUUACGCGACUUGCCCUAUAAGAAAGACGAAAUAAUACGAUGUGCAUUAAUUGAAAAGCAGCAAAGUAUGUACAGCAAGUUAGUCGCGCAAUUUUCCGCAGAGGCCAGCGAGAUUACAGACGUAAAUGGUACUGGCAUGAUGACGCAGUUGAGGAAGCUCGCUAAUCAUCCUCUUCUCGUACGUGAUUAUUACGACGAGAAGAAGCUACAGGUCAUAGCAAGUAGACUGGCGAAGGAAUCGGGUUACAAGCAGAAGAAUCCAGAGUACGUCUUUGAAGAGCUGAUUUGGGCGUCUGAUUACCAAAUAAAUCAAUUGACCCGCAUAUAUAAAAGUAUAGCCGGAUUUGGUCUGCCCCAGGAGCUUAUUCCUCAAGCUGGUAAAUUGAAGGAACUGGACAAGUUGCUACCACCGUUGAAAACGGGUGGCCACAGGGUGCUCAUUUUUAGCCAGUUUACCAUGGUAUUGGAUAUACUCGAAGAAUACUUAGCGAUUAGGGGACAAACAUUUUUGAGGCUAGAUGGCAGUACACCUGUGACUGAGAGACAAAGUCUUAUAAAUGAGUACACAGAAGAUCCAAGUAUAUUCAUAUUUUUAUUAUCAACAAGAGCCGGAGGUUUGGGGAUCAAUUUAACUGCUGCCGAUACGGUCAUAAUACACGACAUAGACUUCAAUCCCUACAAUGACAAACAAGCGGAGGAUCGAUGUCACCGUGUGGGACAAAAAAAACCCGUGUCUAUAAUACGACUAUUAAGUGAAGGCACAAUAGAGGAAGGCAUGUACGAGAUAGCGCAAGAAAAACUGCAUCUUGAACAACAGCUUACUGAGAACGAAGAGAAUGAAAGUGCGGAUAAGAAGUCAGUUUUAAAAUUAUUGAAGAUGACUAUAGGCCAGGAUGCUCAUAAUAAAUCUCUGUCGUCGAUGAAAAUUGCCAAUAAAGGAACCGACGCGAUAGGAAAUGAAGAUUUGUAAAUAGGGAAUUUUAUUUCCAAUUAUAAUAAUCAUAAAUUUUGAUAUAUUCCAUUUACUAUACAGAUCAUGUCGCAUCAUCGUAAACACAUGAGGGAAACUUAACGUAUUUUGUAAAGGAUCGUGUUUUUCACUUCUACUUAAUAAUUCAAUAGAGAUAUAUCACAAUUUGUAGAUCUUUCUAUUUAUAACGUAUGCUGUGAAAUAUUUCCUUUUUUUUUUGUUAUUUUGUAUGUCCAUUAAAUCAUUCCUUUAUUUAUCUACACAAGAUGCAUUUUGUUGUAUUUUAAACAGCAUGUUUUGUGCAUGCUCCUAUUUAUAACAUAUUUUUUAAGAUAUAUCUCGGAAUAUUUAAAAGUGUAACGUCGAAGAAACAAAA